UGGAACCCCUCCCCGUUUCCAAUUCCAGACUCCAGAAACCUCCAACAGCCGAGAAACCACUCCUCCAACUGUCAGCAUUCCGUCGAAUAUUAAUUGAUAAUCAAUACCAUGAUUUGUGUUUUAUUCAAGUGUUUUCAUGAUCUACAAAUCACUCUCCCAAGUCCCAACCGUCACCAUUCCAUCGAAUAUUAAUGGAAGGCAAAAUCUCUCUCCCGAAAAUGCCGACGGUACCACUAGACGUAAUCGCCGACAUUACAGUACGGCUUCCGGUAAAGUCCCUGGUGCGUUUCAAGUGCGUAUCCAACACAUGGCGUUCCAUGAUCGAGGACCCGAAUUUUGUUAAGCUCCAUCUCCAACACUCCCUCAAGACCGGCUCUAAUCACUACCUCAUGCUCAAAUCCUAUAAUCUAUACACAGUCGAUUUCGACUCUCUUAAUGCCGCUAUGGGAAUGGACCAUCACCCUUUGUAUGCCGGGCCUCAAUGGCAGACGGAGGCAAUUGGUUGCUGCAAUGGGUUGGUUUUGUUGCGUAACUCGGAGGAAGACCUGGCUUUGUAUAACUUUUCUACUAGGAUGUCCCAUCUGUUACCCGGAGAGCCAAUCGUCAUGUUCCAGCGCGAGUUGUCUCGUUGUGUUUUUUACGGGUUUGGUUAUGAUUUAGUGAACGAUGAUUAUAAAGUUGUGAGAGUGAUUUUGGGUUUAUCUCAGGAUCCUGAAGUCGAGCCUGAGGUUGGGGUUUACAGUUUGAAGACUAAUUCAUGGAAAAGGCUGAAGACCCUCCCUGUUGGCAUUCGCUGGUUGUUUAGCCCGUAUUAUUAUUCAUUUUCUGCUGAUAGAGGUUAUGGUGUGCUCGUUGAUAAUGCUCUUCAUUGGGUGUCGCCACUGGACCCUCAAAUUGGUAGGCCUAACUUGAUCAUUGCUUUUGAUCUUGGGAGUGAAGAGUUCCAUGUGGUUCCGCAACCAGAGUAUGAACAUGAGAUUUUUGAGAUGGAUUUGAGUGUAUUGAGAGGUUGCUUAUGUGCUCUUUGCAAUGACAAGGAAUCAUGGGUUGAUGUGUGGCUGAUGAAGGAAUAUGGAGUGAAAGAGUCGUGGAGUAGGUUGUUUAGGGUAGAACAACCCAGAGUUCAUUUAUUUAAGGCUUUAGCUUAUUCAAAGGAGAACGAUGAGGUUCUCUUCAUGAAGGAAGACCGGAAGGUUGUAUGGUAUGAUCCGAAAAGGAAAAGGACCACGAGGGUGAGGAUUGCUGGUGCGCCAAUAUCAUUUUGCGCGGAGUUGUGUAUAGGAAGCCUUGUUCCAUUGAGCAACAGUGAUGGGAAGGAGAAGCUGGAGCGGGAGAAAAAUGAAAAGCAAGAUGAAAAGAAGAAAAGGAAAAGGAAGGAUGAUUUUCUAUCAAAAGGGUUCAAAUUGGUCUUAUGAUAAGUAUAAGCGGAAGUGAACAGAGGUAAGCUAUCGAUCACAUCAUAUUAGCAAACUUGUACUCUAAUUCGACAAGUUAAUGUAGGUUGAUAUAUUUGUAGAGUUUUACAAGAAAAAUCCUGAAGUUCUACACUUCUACCACUUCUGUACUAUUAUGGUGUUGUUUCAAUUAUCUUAGCUAUCAAUUGUCAAUUCUACAAUACUUUGCUGCAACAUAACUUGGUUCAUUGAGUGCAUGGGAAUGGAUUCCAGCAAGGCAAGGUUAGAAAAAUUCUUGUUAAGGAAGCAUAAGAAAGUUAGGUUUUGUUUGACAAGAGGCAUGAUAUUUUCUUAAGUCCAUUGUAUCUAGAUAUGUAGUGCAGGAGGAAUUUCUUGUACAGUUUUUCUGAAAAAAGAAUUAGUGACUCGACUUUUAAAUUUUGAAGGCACUAUAGGUCCAAAAACAUGCCAUGUCCAUAGGACAACCUUUUUGUUUGUUCCCAGACUCUCUGAAAGAUGGUUUUUGUUAAACUCUUUCUGGUUGAUAGUUAAAUCUGUGUGUCUUAACCUAUGGUCCAAUUAGCAAAUUUAAAAUGUAGAAUUAUGUCUUAAUGAGCUAGGCGUGCUCGGUAUGAUCUUAGCAUUGGGCGCUUUUGGUGUCGGCUUGGUAUGGGUUUUCUACCCGCCAAAACCUUUUUGUUUUGAAAAUAAAACACUGAAUGUUUUCCCUUUGUAUGCGUAGAAGGAUGAAAAUAAUACUAAGACAACUUUACUGUUUGGAGGCGCUAAUCAAAACUUGGAGCAUUUGUUAGUUUAUAUGCAGGAUUGCAGUUGUAUAACAGAAAAUAAAUCUGUCUUUGUGCCCCUAGUGGUAUUCCUUUACUAGGUUGGUCCUCAAUUUAUAAAAUGCUCUGUGCGGGAGUAUCCUCAGUUCAUUUUAACCACUGCCCUAUAAGAUGAGAGUCCACAUCUCUAUAUUUGGAGUUUCCUUCCACCUAAGAUCUGAAUUUGACCUCCUCUUAAAAAUGCAACUUGCGAUUUCUCUGUCACAUUGUUAGCAUGACAAAUUUGAGGUGAUGGAAUGGCCAUUUACAUAUGAUCAGUGAACUGAGUAAGCUGAGAGAUCCAAUCACUGGAAGGGAUCUCGUUGGUAUUUUGUCCUAGCUACAUUACAUAUCCUUUAUCUUUCUAUUUAUUACUUGGUUGUUAGAAAACUGAAUGACUUGUGCAGGUUUCAUGGCGACUUGGUCGUAGACACAGGGUUUCACGGAGAAAAAAAAAUCAUCUUCUUUGUUUUUUUUUUUUUGAGUUAGUUUUUCUUAGAAGAGAGUCAUCAUUUUGUGCUGCAUUGCUGCUUUGGCUCACAAGUGAUGACAUGAACAAAGAACAAGAAAAGGCAGAGAGCAAGCAUCAGAUUCCUUGGUUGCAGUGGAAUUAAGGAUGACUUGUACAUACUAAAAGUAGUAGUGCUGGUAACUUUGUUUUGGCCCAUAUUACGUAAUGAAAGUUAAAGAAAAUGGGUUCUUUAUGGAUUUCACCAUUAGCAUUUGCUAGAUGUUAGAUCUGGAAUUUCUUGUUGUGGAAUCCAGUUUUCCAGAUUUUAUAGUUUUGUUUAU